ACAACUAUCAUAUCAACAAGAGAGCCAGAAACAAAGAGUUCGUCGGGUCCUCCAAGAACUCAUCGAGCCGGCAAGUCAACUUGGUUGGAUCGAGAUGCGCACAGCUUUUGGCGCUACCUCCAGGGCGCCAGGGAAUGGCACUACACCGGGUAUACUUGCUUGACUGAGGUGUCACAGGAUGCAAGCAUGGUUCGGAAGGAUUCCGACGGUUGA